AUGGUGCAUGAACUAGCUGCAAUAAUGAUGAGCGUGAGUUAUCUAAACCUUGUGAAACUGCCGCAAGCAAUCAUCAUACUCAUAAUGCUGCACUUGCAAGCUGAGUUGUUCAUGAGAGGGUCAUGUUGGAGAAUGGGAGAUGCCCACGCUAGUUGCCUGCACAAGGAAAGACGAGCUCUUCUCAGCAUGAAGAAUGCCUUUGUGAAUGAUUAUGGUCAUUUGUCUUCAUGGGGCUCUUCUCCAGAUUGUUGCCUCUGGAGUCGUGUUUUCUGUAAUCCUCAAACUGGCCACAUUGAGAUGCUUGAUCUCCAUGGUGAUAUUGAGUCCGGACAGCCUUUAAGAGGUGAGAUUAGCCCAUCAUUGAUGGACUUGCCAAACUUAAAUUAUUUAAAUCUCAAUUACAAUGAUUUCAAUGGUAGUGAAAUCCCAAAAUUCUUUGGUUCUCUCACCAAAUUAAGAUACCUCGAUCUCAGUGGUUCUUUUUUUGGCGGCAAAAUACCAAUUGAACUUGGUAAGCUUUCAGACCUGCGAGUUCUAAAUCUUUCCCAUAAUGGUUUAGUUGGCAGUAUACCUUUCCAUCUUGCGAACCUUUCUAGUUUGCAAGAACUUCGUCUAGAUGGGAAUAAUUUAGUUGGCAAUAUUCCUAGCCAGUUUGGUAAUCUUUCAAGCUUGCAGAUACUUUCAGUAUCCCACAAUGAUGAUUUGAAAAUUGAUUACAAGAGCCCGGUUGGCAUUGAGUGGCUUUCCAAUCUUCAAUCCUUAACUUCACUUGUCUUAAGUGAUGUUAAUCUUAAUUACUCUAAGAACUUAUUACCAAUUAUUGGGAGGCUUCCAAACCUAAGAGUUCUAGACCUAGACAACUGUAGCCUAACUGAUAUUAAUAUUCUAUCAACUCCUCCAUCCCAUUUAAAUUUUACUCCUUCUCUUGUGUCUCUUGGUCUUGGUCAAAACAAGCUCACAUCUGUUUUCCCUUGGCUUUUAAAUAUAAGCUCCAAUCUCGCAAGCCUUUCUCUGGACAACAGUCACUUAGGUGGCCCUAUUCCAGAUGAUUUCGGAAAAUACAUGAAUUCUUUAACGGAUCUUGACCUUUCUGAUAAUGACCUAAAUGGAACAAUCAGUGAUGUCCAUUUUAGUAAUCUCACCAAGUUACGAGCCUUAACCUUAUCUUGUGAUUUGUUGACCCUCAAAUUCAGCAACAAUUGGAUUCCACCUUUCCAAUUAGAAUCAUUAUUGUUAUCACGAUGUAAGUUAGGCCCUAAAUUCCCCAAAUGGCUUCGCACUCAAAAUAAUUUAAUGGUGAUACAUGUUUUUCACGCUGAAAUCAAUGAUCCUAUACCAGAGUGGUUUUGGAGACUUGUAGAGGGAGCAGAUGUACUUCAAAUAGAAUCCAGUAAUCUAACAGGUACAAUUCCAAAUUUGCCACUUGAAUUUACUGUCCCGGAGAUAUCAUUGGCUUCAAAUCAAAUUGAAGGCUAUGUUCCGCCAUUUCUACUAAAGGGUGGAGCUCUGGACAUUUCAAGAAAUCAAUUUUCAGAAUUUGUUCUUUCAUGUGGCAAGGGAAUAAGCGCAGUUGUUGAAAAUUUGGUAACGUUAGAUUUAUCAUAUAAUAACUUACAAGGAAAACUUCCUGAUUGUUGGGAUCAUUUCAAAUCUUUAAGAUUUCUUGAUUUAUCCAAUAAUCAACUCUCUGGAGAGAUUCCUAAUUCUAUAGGGUCUUUAAGUCAACUCGAGCAAUUAAUUUUGUGGAACAAUUGCUUCAGUGGUGUCCUUCCCUCCCUGAAAAAUGUAACUGCACUGGGAAUGUUAGAUUUGGGAAAAAAUGACUUGUCAGGACCAAUACCACCUUCAUGGACUAAAGACAAUCUAAAAGAGUUGCAAACUCUUAGCUUACGAAUGAAUAAAUUAGAUGGAAAGUUACCCAUCCAUCUAUGUUAUUUAAAGAAGGUCAGAGUUUUGGAUCUCUCUUUGAACAAGUUUACUGGACCAAUACCAAGUUGCAUCGACAAGCUAGUUGCAAUGGCUCAAAAGCAUGUCAGAAAUGAUUACAUAGGUUUGAUCGGAUUCUACUAUAAAGGAAAAUCUCCAGUAGCUGGAACUUUUGGUUGGAACUUGCCUAUGGUGUGGAAAGGAAGAGAUUUGGUGUACGAUGAUCGCUAUGGGCUUGUAAGCAUUGAUCUCUCUCACAAUCAACUAGAGGGUGAAAUGCCAACAGGAAUUGGAAAAUUGGUUGAAUUGAUAUUUCUGAAUUUAUCAUCAAAUAAGUUGAGUGGAAAAAUCAUACAAGAGAUAGGACAAUUAAAAUCACUAGAAGUUUUGGAUCUAUCAGAGAAUCAUUUUCAUGGUGAAAUUCCUUCGAGUCUUGCUGAAAUAUCUUUAUUGAGCAUUUUGAAUUUAUCGAACAAUAGCUUGUCAGGAGAAAUUCCAACAGGAACACAGCUGCAAUCUUUUGACCCCUCGAGCUAUGAAGGAAAUCCUUACCUUUGUGGGAGGCCACUGGACAAGCUAUGUCCUUCUGAAGAUCAUCCAUUAGGAAAUGAGACACAAGCUAACCAGGUUGCUGAUGAAGACGACCCUUUCAUGAGAGGAUUUUACGAAAGCUUGGGCGUGGGAUUUGCUGUUGGAUUUUGGAUAGUGUUUGGAUCAUUGUUAGCUAUUCCAUCAUGGAGGCAUGCCUACUUCAAUUUCCUAAGCAAGAUGUCGGACUCCAUCUACGUGGCAACGGUGCUCCGUGUGGGAAGAUGGCGCAGGUGGCUCCGCAACUAA